AUGGGCAAGGGCAUCAACGGCGGCCAGCGGGAGCCACGGCAACGCCACAGGUGCGCGCGGGCGGCAAGAGCUCGUCCUCAUCGGCGUGGAAGACGGAGGCAAGGUCUGGCGGCUGUUGCGGCCGAAGCGCGCUCUGAGGAGGAGCCGAGGCGGCGGCAGCGAGUGGCCGAGGUCGGACGCGGCUACAACGUUGCGUGCUGGGCAAGCUCGACCGAGACAGCGGCUUCCGCUUGGCUGCCGCUAUCUAGAGGAUCGGAUUUCAGAACUCCACGGAUGGAAGAGAUCGACUGGGCAUGGCAUAUGGAGGAUGGUUGCAUGGGACGCAAGGCAUACCGGCGAGAAGCACUUCGGCUAGAGAAAGAGCUGGGGGACUAUGAGCUGCGGGCGCACGCGGGGCUGAAUGGCAACAGGGCACUCGGCUGGGUGCACUGCGGCGGGAGAAGAACUAGGGGCGCUCGAUAUGGACUUCAUGCAAAAUCGAUAAGGACUUCAUGCAAAUUCAGUGGUGUUGCUCGGGAGUUUGGAUGGCCGACGGCAGCAGGCGAGAUCAGGUGA